UCACAAAAAUCACAACCGUCCGAUCAACACAUCAAUUCCAGGACCGGCUCAAUUUCAUCAGUGAUUUUGAUAAUCAGCACAUCAACCAGUAACUUCCACCGCACCAGUGCCGUAGACGAUCUAGCUUAGAAUUUCCCAUCCGCCGAAGCCCAUACAUAUAAAUAAAACCCGCGCUCAUAUCCAUACGGCCCCCUAUUUUCUAUGAGACUUGAGACUUCCCGAUCAAUUGGAUUCCCAACCUUUUUCUUUCCAGCUUUUUCAUCGCUUUUUCUGCGAGAUUACUCAGAAAUUCAGAGAUAUAAGAGAGGUCAUUCCUGUUGACUCGUUCGCUUCUGUGUGAUAGGCUUGCUUACGCUGAACCUUCCUUUAUACUGGUGGUUUUUUUACUAGUGCUGAUUAAAACGUUCAGCAGCCAUUCAAUUAAGCUGCCUGCAUUACUGUGCAGUACUUUGCACUUGUCAAGAAUAUGCUUCAUCUAUCUUCCUGCAGUACAAAUAAUAAUAGGAUAUGGCAUGAGCUGAAGUCAAGUAUAUGUGAUAGUUUUCAGAGCUCUCUAGUCUAGUUCUGGAAAUAGUUUUCAGAGCUCUCUAGUCUAGUUCUGGAAAUUGUGUUUGGGAUGUUACUCAGUUUAGGUAGGCAUUGUGUUCUGAGGUGUGCAAGAGCAUCGUUACUUUAAUGGAGAGGAAGGCCGUGAUAGUUUUGCUGUUGUUUUUAACCAGCCUUGUUGACUCAACUGAGAGAUCAGGGAUAACUCAGUCCAAUAAUGUGGGUGCUGGGUCGUCCUUGGUCUAUGGCUGGACUAUAUGCAGCGCAGGAGUAUUUGUAUUGGCAGCUCUUGUCCUAUCCAUGUACCUUAUCUUCGAGCACUUAGCAGCCUACAACCAACCUGAGGAGCAGAAGUUCUUGAUUGGACUCAUUCUGAUGGUUCCUGUUUAUGCAUCCGAAUCGUUUUUGUCAUUGCUCAAUUCCAAUGCUGCUUUCUACUGUGAGAUAAUACGGGACUGCUACGAAGCAUUUGCACUUUAUUGCUUUGAGAGAUAUCUCAUAGCUUGCUUAGGUGGUGAGGAAAGUACAAUCGAAUUUAUGGAAAAUCAAAGCAUGUUUUCCUCAAGCAUACCUCUCAUAGAUGAAGCUUAUGCUUAUGGGGUAGUUGAGCAUCCUUUUCCACUGAAUUGCUGUCUUCGGCAGUGGAGUCUCGGUCCUGACUUCUAUCAAGCAGUAAAAAUUGGCAUUGUUCAAUAUAUGAUACUCAAGAUGAUAUGUGCACUAUUGGCUAUGUUUUUUCAACUUUUUGGUAUUUAUGGUGAAGGGAAGUUUGAGUGGGGAUAUGCUUACCCAUAUUUGGCAGUUAUCCUAAACUUUAGCCAGACCUGGGCCUUAUACUGCCUAGUGCAAUUUUAUUCUGUUACCAAGAAUAAGUUGGCACCCAUUAAACCGUUGGCCAAAUUUCUGACGUUCAAAUCGAUUGUAUUUUUAACAUGGUGGCAAGGUGUAGCUGUUGCCUUUCUUCUCUCUCUGGGAGCCUUUAAAGGGUCUUUGGCACAGGUUCUGCAAUCACGCAUCCAGGACUAUAUUAUUUGUAUUGAGAUGGGUGUUGCUGCAGUGAUACAUCUUUAUGUCUUCCCAGCUGCACCUUACAAACGAGGAGAAAGGUGUGUCCGUAAUGUUGCUGUCAUGGCAGAUUAUGCAUCCCUAGGAUCUCCAUAUGACCCAGAAGAGGUUAGGGACUGUGAACGAUCGACAAAGGUGCGGAUUGGUCGCCAGGAAGAAAGUGAAAAGCGGUUAAAAUUUCACCAAAGCGUCUGUGAUGUGGUUCUCGGAAGUGGUGAAAUCGUGAGAUCUACAUAUCCUGUUGUUCAAUACCUUAUACUAGCAUCCGGACCUGCUCUGACCUAUCUGGCAUAUUGUUGCUUUGUGCUUCUUGUUUUGCAGAUUGUAGAUGAUAUGAAGUUCACAGUUUCACAUGUCGUCGAACCAGUUGAAAGAGGAAUUGCAAGCAUAAACAGAACUUUUCACCAGAUAUCGGAAAACGUGAAACGGCAUCAGCAGAGGCAGAAGAAAUCUAAAGACGACAGUUACAUUGUCCCCUUGAACUCGUGGACAAAAGAAUUCUCAGAUUUGCAUGAAGAUAUACCAGAAGGGAGUUUCAGUGAUAGUGGAUUGCCCAAUGGGAAGAGAAACCAUUACCAAUCUAAAGGCAGAUCAUCACGGUUCAGGAACAGAUAACACACCUUGUAUAGAAUGUAUUUGAUAGCAAUCUAACUUGCCAAAGGAGCUAAGAGAUCUGACGCCAGAAAUUUUUUCAAGAUUGCGAGGAGCUUUGGAGCGUUGACUGGUUGCGGGCAUUUGACUUCUUGGUAACUACAGAAAACCAUCUUUAACCAUUGGUUUGAAUUGCAGUUCGAAAUGAGAGAACUAAUUUUGGUUCGUAACAAAGAAUGCAACAAUAGCUGACAAUUGAUCACAAUUUAAUGGUAGAAAUAUGGUGGGGUGGAAUGCAUAUUUCAAUAGAGUUUGUAUUUGGUGCCUUUCUUGCUUUUUUUUUUGUCUCUGCUUUAACCGUACGGGAAACGCUUGAACUUGGA